GAGCUGGCCACUACAGAUGGCAACAAGGCACGAGAGAAGGAGUUCAGAGCAGAUGCCCAGAAGCCACUCGACACGCCGCGGACCCGCGAGGCUUGUCGCCGCUUGGGCCUCGUGCCCGAAGACCUCCAGAUUCGUAGCUUCGAGUCCUUCGCUAUUCCAGGGGACCUGAAGGAAAAGCAUCAGCUCCGCUUCGAGCACUACGAGAAGAAGCGGAAGGAGCGCUUCUCACAGGUCUUGGCAGAACGUGCGAAGGUGAUUGCAGAAAACUCCAAGAAGGGAGACAUCCCCGGGGUGCAGAGCGCGCAGUUCCUGUCGAUGUUGGAGUCGCUCUUUGAAAAAGAAGCUCGCCGGAUGGAGAUUGACAUGAAGGGCCAGCUUCGCCAGCACAGCUCGCUCGUGAAGGACAACGAGGACCAGCUGAAAAAAGAAGGCCAGCUUCAAGAGAAGCUGAUGGACCUUGAUCGAAAGAGGGAAGUGGCUUCGAAGCAGUUCGAAGAGAAGGGCAAGAUCACGAAGGAGAGCUUGGACAAGCGUCUCGCAAUCAACAAGGAGACUGUUGCGAAGCUGGAUGAGGAACAUAAGAAGAAGCAGGCGAGCUAUUCAGACGAGAUGGUUGCCGAAAAAGAAAGGCUGGAGAGGUUCAUGGAAGAGCGGAAGCUCGCCACUUCAGAACGUAGCAACGUCUUCCGAGAGAGAGUGGCGCAGAUGAAGGAGAAGAACGAGAUCCUGCAAGAGGAAAGGCGCCUCGAAGGAGAGAAGCAGCUGGAGAGGAUACAGGAGCGCAUCGACACCGUGUCGCGGCGGAGGGAAGACGAGCAGAAAAACCGGCAAGUUCGAAGCGAGGAGCAGCACCUGCAUCUCAUGGACGUCCGCGAAGCCAAGAGCCGCAUUGACCGUGUGGACGGCUACAGGCGGGACGAGCUUCGCGAGCAGAUCGACAGCAACAUUGAGCGGAUCGAGACGCUGUUGGCUCUGAAGGAUCAGCUGCUGGAUCAGCGCAAGGGCCGCAACACGAAAGUGGAGAGCACGAAAGGAUCUCGUGGUCUCAGCUUGAAGCGCGACGUCCAACCCGGCCCUGGCACCUACGAGGCCCCGCCGACCUGUCUCCACGAGCUCCCAGCGGCGAGGAUCGGGAAGUCCAAGGUUCCUGGUUUGGUCGACGAUGCCAUCCGGGGUACGAAGCACAACCCUGCUCCUGGAAGUUACGACACCAUCCUCCUGCCGAAUGGCGACAAGCUCAACCAGCCUAGCGGAGGAGAGUUCAACAAGCGCAACCGCGACUCCUUCCUGGACGAAGUGAGGCGGAUCAAGGCUGAUGUGCCUGCUCCCGGAUCUUAUGCAGCCAAGAGCGAGCUGGACGGCCGCGCCGUGAGGAUGUCGCGCGAGCGCAUCGUUGGCGAGAACCUGGAUAAGCAUUCUGCGAAGAGGUUCCCAAUUUGGGCGCGGCCUUCGACUGACACUCCGGGUCCUGCGGGCUACAGUGUGGAUGACUACACACGCAAGGAGGCCUGCCCGGCAAAGUUGAAGGCUAAAGACGAAGGCCUAGGCCUAGGCCAUCCAAAGUUCACAUGUCCGGAGUUUUCCGGGUCAUGGAACAUGCCCCAAUUGUGGAGGGCGCAUCCCUUUGUCAUUACGGUGUCUUCCUGCGGGCAGUCUUCUCCACCAGGCUUUGCAUCGCCGAUGGGUUUGCAGAAAGUGUGGCCGAAGGAGGAAACUCACUUGCUGUCGGUGAGCCCCUUCCCACUAACCGUGCAGAAGCAGAUGAACUACUAUCGCCGUUCUCAGCCUCAGGCCCUGCACGUUCUGGCAGCCUUGCUUAGAGAAAGCUUCAAGGUUUCCAGGCUCGCUAGGAGUGCCGGCGAAGCGAGGGAUGGAGCCUUCUGGGGCCUAGUUAGUGAAGGCAAAAUUAUCCGAGCUGCUGGUUGCUCCGACCUGGCCGUCAUCGUCAAAGGUCUGGGCCGCGAUGCUGGAGGUGGGGACGACGACGAGGACAGUGACAGCCAAGCACAAACCUUUCGAGAAGAGAUGCGGAGGCGCGCGGGCCUCCGGAGCCUUGAAGACAGCCGUCGGGAAGAGGUGGAGAUGAAGCGUCACGCUGUGCUGGAGCGAGUCCGCAAGAACCCUCGUGAGCGGAAAGGCGAUCCACUGGAGCUGCUGCGCCCAGGGGCCUCUCUUCACGACCGGGUCGUGGUGGCAAUGUCGACAGGCCUCGAACCCCAGGACACCGCCUUCGACGUGAAGUCGGUCCACGUGGUAGGCUUGCCAAGCCUCGAGUCCAUCGGGGAUGAGAACUUUGCGAGUAUCCGAUCGGAGCGAGCUCGCUUGCCGAGUUGGCAGCGUCCGAAUCAGGACGAAGCCUUCUUCGUCGAGCUGAAGGAUGGCUACCGCGUUUGUGCCGUCGUCGAUGGCCACGGGGCGGAGGGCCACCGUGCUGCAGCAGCAGUCCGGGACUUCCUCCUGCGCCGACUAGUUGCUUCCCUACCAGCGACACGGUCGUCCAAUGUCGACGAGCACAGGAUCCGGAUCCAUGGCAUGCUUCUCAAGGCGAUAGAGGACGCGAAUCAUGCGCUUUUCUCGGGUGAAGAGGCUGUAGAUGCCAGAGCCAGCGGCGCGACAGCCUGCGUGGUGGUGUACGACAUGAAGAAGAGGUGGUUGUUCACCAGCUGGGUCGGUGACUGCCGCUGCGUGGUCGGUGAAUACGUGGAGGAAGGUGGAGCUUUGACAGAGGGCGGUCGCCGAACCUCUAUCGGAUCGGAGGGCCACUCUAGCGAAGGCAACUCCAGCAAGAGGCGGCGGGGGCGGGGGCUGAACAAGACCACCGUCAGCGCAGUCAGGCUGUCUGAGGACCACACUCUCUCCGAUGCCAACGAACGCGUGCGCAUUGCGCAGUUCAGCGCCACUAUCACCAACGGCCCGCUCGGUCUAGACGAGGUCUACCUGUCCGGGCACAAGUUCCCGGGAGUCCACUGCAGCCGUUGCCUGGGCAAUCUCGUUGCGAAACAGGUUGGAAUCACGGCCCAGCCAGAGGUGAACGAUCGCCCGGUGGAGCAGAACUACGGGGAUAACAGCAUCCGCGUCAAGUUCGUAAUCCUGGGCACCGAUGGUUUGUGGAUGUUCCUCAAAGACCAGGUUGCCGUCGACCGCAUCAAGCGGGCGGGCAAGUCCAACGUCCAAUAUGCUGCAACUGCCCUUGUCCACCAGUCGCGUGGCAACUGGGAUGCGAUGCAAGAGCGCCUCUGCGAUUUCGUUGACGACAUCACGGCGGUGGUCUUUUGGCUCUGA